AUGCAAGACAUCUGGUUAAGUGGGGUUGACUGGGAUGAAAACGUGAGAGAAGCAGAGAAGUUGAAUUUUGAAAAGUGGUUCGAAGAGCUUAAACAUUUAGAUAAGAUCAAGAUUUCACGUUGUCUCAAAAACGAAAAUAAUGAAACACGAAUGAAGUCAAUGUCAAUUCAUACAUUUGUAGAUGCGUCAUCAAUUGCAUAUGGAGCAGUUACAUAUUUGAGAUGUGAGUAUGAAAAAGAGGAUGUGACUGUACGCUUUGUAGCUGCAAAAGGUCGUGUUGCUCCCAUAGAAUCUACUAGUAUCCCAAGACUUGAACUACUUGCAGAAACACUUGGUUUAAAACUUACAUCAAGGAUUUGCAAAACUCUUGAAAUAGAAAUCAAACAAGUAACAUUAUGGUCGGACAGCAUGAAUGGCAUAUAUUGGAUACGAAAUAACAGCAGACAAUUCAAAACAUUUGUUGCAAACAGAAUUGGUGAAAUUCACAGAGUAACAAAUCCAAGUCAAUGGAGAUAUGUUCCAACAAACGAAAACCCAGCAGACUAUGUGUCAAGAGGUUUACCUGUUAACAGUCUUGCUGUUGCGAACAAUUGGUGGGAAGGCCCCAGCUUCCUAAAGGAAAGUGAAAACGAAUGGCCAAAGAGCAAAAUUGUUGUGGGUAAUGAUGGAAAAUUUGAGAUGCGAAACACAGCACAAACACAUUUGCGUACAUUUUUAGUGUCACAAGAAGAGUGGAUACUUAGCCCGAAAAGAUAUUCAAAUUGGACGAAACUUGUAAGAAUUCGAGCAUGGGUCAUUCGAUUUCUUGAAAACUGCAAAAUGAAGAAAGAAGAUCGAGUCCGUGGGCAAUUGAAUGUAGUUGAAAUUGAAGAAAGCAAGAAUGAAAUGAUCAAAGAGACACAGAGAAGAUAUUUUGUAGAAGAGUAUGAUAAACUUAGUAAGAAUCAGAAAGUAGGAAUUUCCAGCAAACUGAUCAAACUGAAUCCAAGAUUAGACACCGAAUGGGUGAUGAGAAGUGACACUAGAUUAAAGUACUCUGAAUUUCUUCCAUAUGACACUAAAUAUCCUGUUUACUACCCAGAAAGAGUCCAGUUACAGAGUUAA